AUGGAUAACUUGCCACUGACCACCAUGGCCGGGGCCGCGGCGUCGUCGUUGGAAGGAGGCGGGAGGGUGGUGGACACGUACAAGAAGGCGCUGACCACGGCGGCGUCCGUGGCCGCGUACGCCAUGCUGGUGCGCAGCAUGGCCAGGGAGCUCCUCCCCGAGGAGCUGCGCGCCGCGGUGCGCUGGGGUGCCGCGUUCGUGCGCGCCCGCCUCGGCGCCGGCGACAAGGAGCGGCACACCAUCGUCAUCCGCCGCCACUUGGACGCCGGGUACAACGAGAACCACCUCUUCGAGGCGGCGCGCGCCUACCUGGCCACCAAGAUCGACCCGAACGCCAUGCGCCGGCUCUGCCUCGCGCGCACCCGGUACAAGGAGCCCGACGGGAGCAGCAGCUGGAGCACACUCCUGUGCAUGGACGAUGGGGGCUCCACCACCGACACCUUCGACGGCGUCGAGUUCAAAUGGACGUCCAUCGCCAUGGCCAACUACCUCCGGUUCAACCUCUACGACCUCGAUCUCUCCGAGGUGCGCCUCAACUCGGCGCUUCAGAGGCUGCUUAUCGCCAUGCCCAACAAAUCCAUCCUCGUCAUCGAGGACAUCGACUGCUGCUUCGACGCCAAGUCGAGGGAGGACCGCACGAUGCCGGUGCAGGCCGACGACGGCAGUUCAUCAGACGACGACGUCCCGGAGGACAAAGCCCACCACCCGGGACCGCGCCAACAGCAGACCAUAACGCUGUCCGGGCUGCUCAACUUCAUCGACGGGCUGUGGUCGACGAGCGGCGAGGAGCGCAUCAUCAUCUUCACCACCAACUACAAGGACCGCCUCGACCCGGCGCUGCUGCGGCCGGGGCGCAUGGACAUGCACAUCUACAUGGGCCACUGCUGCUGGGAGGCGUUCAAGACGUUGGCCAGGAAUUAUCACCUCGUGGACGACCAUGCUCUGUUCCCACAGAUACAGGAACUGCUUGCGGCGGUGGAGGUGACGCCGGCCGAGGUGUCUGAGAUGCUGCUGCGGAGCGAAGACGCCGACGUUGCGCUACGGGUGCUGACAGAGUUCCUCCAGGACAAGAGAAUCAAGGCAAGAAAAGAGGCAACAGAAAUCAAGAUGGGCGUAGCAGAGGAGGCAAUGUAG